CUACUAAAAACGUUGUAAAUUAUACUUUGCAAACCUGCGUUUGGGGCCUUGCGUGCGAAGAGGAAGAAGAACUGUGAAAUAAAAAACUUCCCAUCGGAAAUUUCAACACCUGUCUGUCUGUUUCGCGAAAGCUUCGGAGAAAAGUGAACCAUCAAUCCACGGAAAACCAGCCAAGGCCGAAGAUGCAGAGAUCGAGGCGACGCUGUGAGGGCACGGCUAUGGGUGCCAUCGUCCUCGAUCUUCAACCCGGCCGUGGACUCGGCCCCUUCAAUCUCGGAAUGCCAAUUUGCGAAGCAUUUGAACAAAUAGAGCAGCGGCCCAACAUCUAUGACGUUGUCCAUGUGAAAUACUUCGACGAGGAGCCUCUGAAACUCGAUAUUGUUAUCAGCUUUCCAGACCAUGGCUUUCAUCUUCGAUUUGACCCUUGGUCACAGAGGCUACGUCUUAUUGAAAUAUUUGAUGUAAAGAGACUUCAAAUGCGAUAUGCUACUUCUCUGAUCGGAGGACCAUCAAAUCUUGCUACCUUUGUAGCAGUAUAUGCGCUUUUUGGGCCAACUUUUCCUGGAAUCUAUGACAAAGAUAGGGGUGCUUACACUCUAUUCUACCCGGGACUUUCUUUUGCAUUUCCAAUACCAAGCCAGUAUACAGAUUGUUGCCAUGAUGGUGAAGCGGAACUACCAUUGGAGUUUCCUGAUGGCACAACCCCAGUGGCCUGUCGUGUCUCCAUAUUUGAUAGUUCUACAGUAAAAAAGGUUGGCGUAGGAGCCUUAAUGGAUAAGGCUUCUGCUCCCCCAUUGCCUGCUGGCAGCCUCUAUAUGGAGGAGGUCCAUGUUAAGCUUGGUGGUGAAUUAUACUUUGCUGUUGGUAGUCAGCAUAUUCCUUUUGGUGCUUCACCGCAGGACAUUUGGACUGAAUUGGGGCGUCCUUGUGGAAUCCAUCAAAAACAGGUAGAUCAAAUGGUUAUUCACUCUGCAUCGGAUCCCCGUCCUAGGACAACCCUUUGUGGUGACUACUUCUACAACUAUUUUACCCGUGGUUUGGACAUCUUAUUUGAUGGGCAGACUCAUAAAAUCAAGAAGUUUGUUUUGCACACUAACUACCCUGGUCAUGCUGAUUUCAACUCAUACAUCAAGUGCAAUUUUGUAAUCCAUGUUUCAGGUUCUUUUGAUGAAACCAACUGUAGAAGCACUAUUACCCCCAGCACGAAGUGGGAAGAUGUAAAGGAAGUCCUUGGGGAUUGUGGGCGAGCUGCUAUCCAAACACAAGGUUCAACAAACAAUCCUUUCGGAUCUACUUUUGUCUAUGGCUAUCAAAAUGUUGCAUUUGAGGUGAUGAAAAAUGGUUACAUCGCCACAGUUACUCUCUUCAAGUCAUGAGAUAUAGGACCCUUGCUGCCCAUGUCCGUUUGUUCCAAGCUAAUUAUGGAGGUUGGAUAGAUUGCUUCUCACUCUUGUUCAAUUUGAAAUGGCUGUUUAAAGAAAAUGAAGCGAGCUUCUUAUAAUAUGGGGUAUCUGGUUUGAUUAUAUGGGGUAUCUGGUUUGGGUAGCAUCUGUAUUUGUAUAUAUUCUUACCCUAUUGGCCUAUUUGGAUCAGCAAAUACUCUUAAAUAGACAUUAAUUAUAAUGUUGGACAGCAAGCAUGAUGAUGUACAUAACUAUUGAUUUGUAAAUAAAUAUUAUACUCUUCUAAUCACCAUGUUCAGAGGGAUCCUGUACCCCAGCAUCA